GCGAGGGGGGGAUCGGGGCGUGACGGGAGGAAGAGAAACCCCCGGCGGCGCGAAGCGGAGGAGGGAGAGAUCACCGGAAUUCGGCGAUGUCGAAGCGGCAGGGACCCCCGAAGCACCAGAACAGCUACGCGUGGAAGCCGCACCUCGGCCAGAAGAUCAACGAGACCGAGCCUGGGGGCAGGUUCCGGCCGCUGUCGGAGAUCACCGGCGUCUGCCAGCGCUGCCGGGACCAAAUCGACUGGAAGCGCAGGUACGGCAAGUACAAGCAAAUUGUUGAGCCCGCAAAGUGCCAGAAGUGUGGGAAGCGAGCCGUCCGUCAGGCGUACCACAACGUCUGCAGAGAUUGCUCCAAGAAUCUCGGGAUAUGUGCCAAGUGCUGCACUCGUGUCAAUGACCUUGUUGGAAGGGACGCGAUUGAAGAGGAUAGUGAACGCAAGGCACUAGAAGAGGCUAUCAGAGGUGCUAGGGAAAGAGAAAGACGCACCCUUCUUCGCAUUAUGAACAAAAGCAAGGGUGAAGACAGUGGCCCAUCAGUCCCAAAGAUUGCUGACAGAAGUCGUGAAGGUGACAUAUUCCCUGCCGCAUCACUUGAUGAAUAUGCCGAACAAUCUAGAGAGCAAGAUGAUUCUGAUGAAGAAGCCGGAGACUUCGUAGAAGAUUAGGUUCUGAAUUACUGUAAAAGUUCUUUCUUGGAGUAAUGAGGUGAUGCUUUUGCGGUCCGUUGUCAGACGCUGUAGAAAUACUAUUGCGCCGUGUAAAAGUACUUCCUGUUGUUUUAUUCCAAAGCUUCAAAUUGGAGAUGUUUAAAUUUCUGUUUAAAUUUCUGUGUUACUGCUCUA